UGCGCUUCACAUCUCAACUCCAACACCUCUCCGCGUCGUCCUCGUCGGCCACCAAAGCGGCCAACUACGCGUUGCGACACAGCGAAUACGCCGACGAUCUGCACUCGUGCAUCCUCGAACAGCUCGAGCGUAACAACAUGAACCUUCGCGCCAACAUCAUGUACUUCCUCCCGGCUCUGUGCGAUGCCGCGAAACAUGGACUGGCGAAUGGCGGGCUUGCAACAGAGGCAGGCGUGUAUGUGAGAAUGGUGGAGCGGGACAUACUCCGUAUCAUUGACCUCGUGGCACCCGACGAUGGCAGCGGCGCGGCCAAUGUGAAAGUGGUGAGGAAGGUACUGCAGGCGCUGAUGGGCAGAGGCGUCCUCCAGAGUCAAACCGUGCGCGAGCUUGAAGAGAUGAUGCAAGGGAGGGACAACCUUCCAGGCGCAUCCAGUCCGGUUCAUGAGAGCCAGCAGUCUCUACAUCAGCAUAUGCCGCAAGGCCAGGCGCCAGUCAGGAGCACGCCUCAGAGCACGGCACAUCCUAGUUUUGGGCACCAUGGAGUACGACUAGACAAGAGGCAGAUUGAGCAGCGGAUAGAGGAAGAUCGAGAGCGGCAUAAGAGGGCGCGAGAGAAUAUAUGGGCGGUGCCGCAGCAGCGAGGCGGUGAUAUGGCGACAGACAAGGAGUUUGAGAAUGUAUGGGACAGCGGGAGCGAUGUGGACAGCGAUGACUAUCGAAUGGCUGAGGAAGAGGCGGACGAAAGGAGGAGGCAUUUGGAGUACGACGAUUAUUGAACAUGAAGCGGCAUCGUGUCGUGACUACUACGAAAGCUCAGCUCUCUUACUGGAUGCACUUUAGCGAGGCGCUGGACGUUGCUGGGACUGCACAAGGCUGGAGUCGCUGCGGUAUGCGUUUAUUUUGCUAUAUGAAGCUAUUUUGGUAGCGCCGCUACUCUCUGCCUGGACGCCACGUCGGAGGCCUUGACCUUCUUUUACGUGUACAUGGACAUCCACACCCAUUGAUGCACUGAUGAUAGAGAAAUACCACUCGUGGUCUGCGCAGUCAUCUGAUCUCUGCCACGCUGGAUCGCGAGAUUAAGGUGGGUUGACGUGAAGCGCAGAUCUUUGGAACCUUCAUGUCUCUAUGUCGAUCUUCUGGCUGCACCGCAACGGGACUCGGAAUAGACGAGCUAAUAUGCUGUGCGGAACGCGGAGCGCGGGGACAUAUCACAAUAUGGAUGUAUAGCGGCUGUGUGGUGAGAGAUGGCGUUGCGGGUGAAGCCUACUCGCAAGAGAAGAGAGAGAGAGAGGAAGUGGAAUCGAUGCCUCGCUCUGACUGGUCAAUCAUCGACGGACCUCGCUCCUUUGCGAUCGAUCUCGUGGUGGCGAGCUCGCUACCGUCUAACUGCAUUGGCUAUAGCGUGGCGAGAUGUGUGAUGCCAACAUGACGUUUCCGGACAACGCGUGUCAGACACGUCCGUGAGAAGUGGAAGUGUCAGGUACGGCAGAUACCCGUGACAUGUACUGGAGAUGCAUCUCACGCAAUGAGCCAAUGGGGGAAAUAUCAUCACCGAUGGCGUGUCUGGUUUGAGCCAGUCAUGACCGCUACAGUAAGCCGACCAGCGUCAUUCAUCGAUGGCCUCCGCCGCAGCGCAGCAUUACAAAAGCAAGCCAACCGAGCUGCUGCUUAUCGCCACCCACAUCUUUAUCGCUUACCGAGUCCCCUUGUUGUGCGUGCACAGGACAGGCAGAUUGACGUAACGACACACGGGAACAUAUAUCACCCACAAGCCACCCUCCCCUUCCAACAUGCUCGCAACUUCACUUCACGACACCAACAUGGCUCCAUCAGCAACCAACGGAGGCCCCGACGGCCGUCUCACUGGUGAUAUCCACCGCGACUACAACGAUGACCGCAACGCUUCAUCAGAGGAUACCCUGUACUGCACGAGCAAUGGCGUACCCAUUGCACACCCAUACGAAACCCAGCGGGUCGGCGAGAACGGGCCCCUUCUUCUGCAAGACUUCCACUUGAUCGACCUGCUGUCCCACUUUGACCGCGAGCGCAUUCCUGAGCGCGUGGUGCAUGCCAAGGGCGGCGGUGCUCAUGGCUACUAUCAGACUACCGACCCUAUGGAGGACCUUUGUGAGGCGGAUCUGUUCAAGGCCGGCAAGAAGUGCCCCGUCACGGUCCGCUUUUCCACCGUCGGAGGCGAGUCCGGAUCACACGACUGUGCUCGUGACCCCAGAGGAUUCUCUGUAAAGUUCCGUACUGAGGAAGGCAACUGGGACAUGGUGGCAAACAACACCCCAGUUUUCUUCCUGCGCGACCCUGCCAAGUUCCCACACUUUAUUCACACCCAGAAGCGUGAUCCUUCGACCCACUUGACACAUGCCGACGACUCGACCAUGUUUUGGGAUUAUUUGUCCCAAAACCCCGAGUCCAUCCACCAAGUUAUGAUCCUUAUGGGCGAUCGAGGUAUCCCAGAUGGGUGGCGGAAGAUGCACGGUUAUGCUGGACAUACCCUCAAGCUCGUCAACAAGAAGGGCGAUUGGGUGUAUGGUCAAAUGCACAUGAAGAGCAAGCAAGGCACCGGCUUCAUCACACAAGCCGAUUCUGCCAACUACUCUCCGGACUACGCGCAGAAGGAUUUAUACGAUGCUAUCGAAAAGGGCGAUUACCCCGGUUGGGAUGUUUGCUGGCAGACGAUGACUCCCAAGCAGGCCGAGGACCUGUGGGAGAACGAGAAGAUUAACAUUUUCGAUCUGACCCACGUGUGGCCACAUGACAAGUUCCCGCUCCGCAAGGUCGGCGAGUUUCAUCUGAAUGAAAACGUCAAGAACUACUUUGCAGAGAUUGAGCAGAUUGCAUUCAACCCAGCACACUUGCCUCCUGGAAUCGAGCCGAGUGCCGACCCGGUAUUGCAAUCCCGCCUGUUCUCAUACCCAGACACACACCGUCACCGCAUUGGCGUCAACUACCAGCAACUACCGGUCAACGCGCCGCGCGUCCCAUACAGGAUCGCCAAUUUCCAGCGCGACGGUAACAUGGCAUUCUACAAUCAAGGUGCACGACCGGCCUACUUGAGCUCCAUUCAGCCAGUGGCGUUCCGUGAGCGUACCGUUGAUCUCGACAAGACCCAUGGUCACUUCACAGGCAAUGCAGUCACUUUCCUCUCGGAGAUCCGACCAGAGGAUUUCAACGCGCCUCGUGCACUUUGGCAGAAGGUCUUUGACGAGGAUGCCAAGGCCCGCUUUGUCGAGAACGUCUCUGGCCACAUGGGAAAUUGCCACAAGGAAGAGAUCAUCAAGCGCCAGCUUGCAAUUUUCCGCGAAGUGUCGCCCGAUCUUGCCGAGCGCCUCGAGAAGGCAACUGGUGUCAAGGGUUAUGAGGGUAUUGCUGGUCUCACUUUCAACGGCACACACAACGGUAUGGCGAACUCAUCGAAGAACAGAGCUGCCAAUGGCAUGUCGGACAAGACCGUGUCCCUUGCAAACAAUGGCGGUCCCACAGCCGGUACUCACCAGAAGAUUACCGCUUAGAUAUGUGUCUGUAUCUCUCGGGGAGUGUGUGUUUGUUAUGACUUGAUGAGAUUAUGAGCGAUUUUCAUGUAACUUAUUCGUUUUGAAAACAGCAUUUUGUAUGUACAUACCAAAAAUGGAUCUCAAUUCCAGAAUCUUUACAACUGAACAGUCUUAA